AAAAAAGUUGGUGUUACUCGAAAUAAUCAGCCACGGCAGCCUGUCGGAGGUUCAGAAGCGGCAGGACAUGUGCAGUUUCGGUUGUCAUAAAUCAAUUUCCCUCCUUUUUAAACUACUUGCUGAUCGUAUGCACCAUGAAGCUAUAUAUAUAUGAGCCGACAUUCACUCUUUAAGUUAGCUUCUCUACUUGAUGAUGAUUUUGAUAAUAAUACUGGUUAUAGCCAUAUGGCUCUCUCGUCUGGCUCAUGCAGUUGGUUUUACUACUCAAUGCUGGGAGAAGUUAAAUGGGAAGGCAAACUUGCUCAAGGAUGGCUUAUGCCAACAAAUAAACCAAGAUGAUGAUGGAUGGCAAACCUACCAAUCCGACGAUUGGAUUUAUUAUCCACAGCAGUAUGUCAAUGUAUCGUUAACGGAGACAAAGCUAUCUGUUGCCAGUGUGGGUGGAUGCUGUGCUCCUAAUCGCUGGAAACCGGCCGGUAGUGUGUUCAAAGAUGAUGGUGAUUCUUAUGAAGAAACCGGCGGCAAGAUAGUAGGUAUUUCCGAUGCUCCUCUUGUACAAACAAUUGCUGUCAACGGAGCAUAUAUGCACUACAUGACGGAUGACCAUGCCAUGAAUUUUACUCUAUUGCCUUCGGUGGAAAUGGCCGACAAGCAAUCAAUCUUCUAUGGUCUUGCAAUUGACCGAGCAGUGAUCAUCACUUAUCAGUAUCGGGACGCAAAUAGGCAUCUCUUGGGUAACUAUUCGACCGGUGUGCUUCGUAAUGAUCGUUUGGUUGAAGAUGUCACGCUACCACCACACACACGAUAUAUUGAAAUCGCAUUGUACGGAUCUCGUGCCAAUCCCCUUUGCUUUUCAUAUAUAUAUGCUGGCCUUUAUGUAGACAAGGCUAAAGCUACUGUGACGAAAAUUUGUUCAACAAUGGCGACAAUCUUGCAGUAUCUAGCUCUUGUCAACUUUAUUCUCGUACCGGCAUGUUUCGCAGUAAUGACUUUUGUACUGUCUUCAUUUCAGUUUCCUCCUCCUGUUCGGUUUCUUUGUCGUCAGCCCUCUCACCCACUCAACUUGUGUAUCUUCAUUGCUAUCGGUUCAUUCAUAUUCAGCCAAGCAUGGAAUUUGAUCAACUCCCAAUCAAGUAUUUUUGACGAGUGGCUUCCUCGGGCAGCAAAGAUUAUCGAGCUCUUCCUUUCAUUUUUCCUGUACGCUGUAUAUUUUUAUCCGGUUUUUCUUUGUUACUCAGCAACCUAUCGAUCCCGUACGGCCAACUUGCUCGGGCUCUACACAACGCUAGUGCUAUUUGGUCUUCGUGUCGUUAUCGACCUACCUUCCUUUGUCAUCACUUACGCGCGCGAUGUACCCUUUCUCGUACUCAGCAUUAUUAUUGCAGCACCAGCUAUUGUCGCCUAUACAACAAUUGUUGUAUUCUUCCUGAUUCGCAUAUUCACGUUUCGUUCAUGCACUCUGUGUCGUUUGAAGUUUCUGGAGGUGUCUGAUAUAGAGGAGCAAUAUGUCAGAAAACUAUUUGGACAUAGAGACUUUCAGAGUACUCCUAUACGCCGAACAUGGUACUUACGAGUUUAUAAUUGGCUGACUUCGACUAAUAAGCAACAACAAUUUCCGGAUCGUUUGUUGAGUAUGGAUACCGUACGUUGGUUUUUUGGAACUGAUAAAUAUGUUCGGAUUCCUUUUGCUGUAAAGGCGUCGCUCACGCUUUUACUUUACUGUUUAGCCCAAUUGAUUCCUGUACUCCUUGUUCAGAUGGUGGGCGUCGGGGGAGUCGUUCCAGUGCAUCUUUGUGCUUGGUCACCUUAUCUCACACAACUGCAGUAUCAUCCCGAUCCCAUGACAUUUGCAGUCAAGUCAUUCAUGCUGAUGCAGAUCGCUGUUUUUGUCGCCACACUUGGUGCCGGUGGAUUAUGCGUUGGGUUUGGGUUCACAGGCACGCUUUAUUUUAUGCUUGAAGUAUCUUUGAUCGGUACCGGGAUUGCCAUGCUCAUCCAGCUUGACCAUCUACGGGAUGCCAUCCUACAACGCGUUGGCUAUGGUAUCUUCGUGAUGAGUUUCUUUAUUGCGUUUGUCGUUCAAAUAAUCCAAAAACGCAUAACUAGAAUGCUAUUUAUCAAGAGUGGAACUCGAUUCAGUCUUCAGAACCGUGCUCCUCUUCUUCAUUAUUGGUACUUUAUGAUGUUUACGUCCAUGACGCGUGCCUUGACUUCCUACAUUAUCCGGACAUUGAAAUUGGUCUUGCGAUAUCCACUGUUUAGUUUACGUGUGGAUCGAAAUGCGGAAACAUGGUCAGUGCGUCGUGGUGAUGGAGGCUUUGUUGGCUAUUGCGGCAUGCUACUAGCCGAGCAUGAAUACAAUAAUCCGAUCAUGCUCGUAUUUCUCGAAUGCCUUUUACCAUGUCUUACACCUCCUGAGAAAGACGUAAAAUCAUGUCCAGCGCAUCAGCGCGAUCCAGAAAUGUCAUCAGGCGCUGUAGCUGCAUAUACUACUACUAACGAUAAAUACCCCAUCGCUUCACGAGCCAAAACGCGCUGGUUUUUGGCUUACACCUUGAUCAAUAAUCCUAUGCUGCGACGAUCUCGAAAACGAAAACAGGAAAGCGAUAGCCCUAAUAACGAUAAAAAGAAAAGCCAGCAAAUACAAGACCUUUGUGGGAACAAUGCUCUUGAUUAAAAUUGUGAAGUUUUUUUUUCAAUAGUGUUACAUCAUAGUUUUUUAUAUCCAUGUCAUUUACUGUAGUUUUACG